AUGUAAAUCCUGCUCCUAGAAAAUAUGAUACUAAAUAGACAUCUUGCAGAUAUUGAAGCUUUGGAAUCAAAUUAUAAUCAAUAAGAGGUUUUGAUGUUAUAGGACCUUCUGAACAUAAGAUCUUAAAUUGAUAAAUAAAACUAAAGCUUUUAGUCUUUAGUCUUUAUGAUAAAAUCAAGUAUGAACUCAAAAUCUAAUUUUAAGUUCUGAUAAGAAAUUACUUAAAACUGCUUCUUCAACAACUUAUCUUCCUAAAGAUAAAAUAUUAAAAACAAUAGAUUUAAAUAUCACAUUUGAAUUUAGAGAUAGACCAUUACCAGAUUGUAAAAUGAUUCCCCUAGGCCAAGAACAUAUGCUUUGA